AUGCCAUCCAGUGACGCACUUCAACCGCCUCUUACGCCCGCCGAGCGGGCAAUUGUCAAAUCCUACGGCGGCUGGACACGCUUCAUGCAAAGCUACGGGCUCAAGCCUUGGGAAGAUGAUGAUGCCGAGGAGGGAAAGAAAAUUCUGGAGGCUCUUGCUCUGCAUGAGGAAGCUUCCGAAUGA